CCGCCACUACGCAUCCCACGAAACGAACCCUGUCAAAAAAAACCCAACUCCACCGGCCCACCAGCACCAGCAGCACCACCGUUCUCCACGUUCUCCACGUUCUCCCACAGUACCACGUCCCCACGAUGCCGCCCAAACGCAAAAACCCCUUCUCGAACCCCUCCAAUCCCAACCCCUCGACCAGCAGCGGCGGCCGCAGCAGCAACGGCUCCUCCAAAAAGAAGCGGACAUACACGCACGCGCGCUCUCUCGCCGACCCAACACUGCUCCCACCACGCGCAGUCGACGGGAUCCACCGCAGCGUGCUCGCAUGCAUCGACACGGGAAAGAAAAACGUCUUCCGCGCGCUCAAGAAGGCGCGCGGCUUCGAGAAUAGAAAGCUGUUGAGGCGGAUCAAGGUUGCGCGCACAGCGAACGACGCCGCCCUAACAGCCAAACUCGAACCGGAGCUGGGCGUGUGCAAGUCGCUCUCUGCGGCGGAGCUGAACGCGCUCGCGACGGAACAUAUCCUGCGCACGUUUGGGAAGCGGAAGCGCGUGGUUGCGUCGCUGCUAUGGCCGAAGGCGCUGGUUAUUCCCGACGCUCCCGAUGCAAGCGAUAAGGCCCGUGCGAAUGUUGUGGCCAGGCUGUUUGGUAGCGCGACGGUUAAGGAGGUGAUGGCGGUUGUGGUCGACCAGGUCGAGGUCGCCAUGGGGCUGCAGGAAGAGGAGGCGCCGAAGAAGAAGGUGGAGAGGGCUGUGGUGGAGGAGCAGGCGGAAGCGGAGGAGGAGGAGGGGCUCGCAGUUAAGCCGAGCGGUAAAGCCCGUCUUGUCGAAGAGACCGAGGAGUUUGCGGGUUUCUCGGAUGAGGAACCCGCUCAGCCAGCAGCGAAGAAGGCGCGCACGAAUCCUUCCGCCGUCGAGGAUAUGACUGAAGAUACAAUAUGGGAACGGCUGAUGGAUCCCAACGCCAAAGACUUUGACGAAUUCGAAGAGCGCAUCGGAGCUUCUGACGAGGAAGAUGACGACGAGGAGGACGAGGACGAGGAUGCCACUAAUGCCGCCAACGAGCUCGCACGGACAGAUGACGAGUGGUCCGGUGGCUCGGACGUCGACUCGGACGCCGUCUCAGACGAAGACUCGGCACCCUCCAAGAAACCCACGACCAAAGCCGCCUCCGCCGCCCCACCAAAGCCAGCAGCACCCACCAAAAAACCCGCCACCAAAACCCGAACCCCCGCGCCGCCAGAAACCUCACAAUUCCUCCCCUCACUAAUGGCCGGCUACGUCUCCGGCGGCGACUCGGACGCAGACGCGGAGUGGUACGCCAACAACAGCACCGCGAAGCGGGGGCCGCCAGAGAAGAAAGAGCGCAAGAACCGGAUGGGCCAGCAGGCGCGCCGCGCGCUGUGGGAGAAGAUGUAUGGGCAGCGCGCGAGUCACGUGCAGCAGCGCGCCGAGAAGGACGCUGAGAAACAGGCGAAGCGAGAGAUGAGGGAGGCGGCAAGGACGGGUGGAGGGCACAAGGAGAAGAUCGCGGAGGGCCCCUUGCAUCCGUCUUGGGAGGCGGCGAGGAAGGCGAAGGAGAAGCAGGCCGUUGUGGCGGCGGCUAUGGCGAAGCCGGUGGGGAAGAAGAUUACGUUCGAUUAGAGAGUUGUGCAGAUACACGUAUACUCGAUUAUAUAAUGGGCGAAUUGGUUCGAAUCUCGGGCGGUGAAUUCCGUCGAGAAGGAGGGUGGGAAGAAGAGGCUUCCGUGUAUAUUCUUCCAGCGACAUUGAAACACGGUGGAUGAUUCGGAUCACUGUGCGGAAACCACCCGUAAUCAUCUCAUUACCGGACUGGCAGCCAAUCUCACAGACGGUCACCCAUGCCCCAGUACCAGUAUUUCAUCUUGAAUCCGCAG